AUGUCAAAACAAGCUUGGAUAGCAAGACUAGUGGAUAUCUCCUAGCUCAACUGAUAAAAACACCAGUGACGGCCGAGAUAGGAUAAACCAAAUAAAGAUAAAAGCUGGCCUCAGAUUAGAAUUUCAAGGGAAACGUCAAAUCGUCUUCAGGAAACAUGAACUCCAUACCAGGCAGAGCCGUGCUGUCUCUGUGCAGGCGCACCUCGGCGGGCGCUAUGAGAGUCCUCACAACCACCCCGGUUCUCCCAGUCUCCGUAGCCCGCAGCAGCGACAGGGCCUUCCUCCAAACGGUCGGAGUGACAAGCUCCGGAACGAGCCGCGCAAAGGGCAGCGUGAGCACCAAGAAGCGUGGCUAUGACAUCACCAGAAACCCCCACCUGAAUAAGGGCAUGGCCUUCACCCUGGAGGAGCGUCUCCAGCUGGGCAUCCACGGCCUGCUGCCCCCCUGCUUCCUGUCCCAGGAUGUCCAGGUGCUGCGCGUCAUGAAGAGCUACGAGACACGCAUUAACCCACUCGACAAGUACAUCCUGCUGAUGACCCUGCAGGACAGGAACGAGAAGCUGUUCUAUCGCGUGUUGACGUCAGACGUCGAGGAGUUCAUGCCCAUCGUCUACACCCCCACCGUAGGUCUGGCCUGCCAGCAGUACGGCCUGGCCUUCAGGAGACCACGAGGGCUCUUCAUCACCAUCCAUGACAAAGGCCACAUUGCCUCUGUGCUCAACUCCUGGCCUGAGGAAGACAUCAAGGCCAUCGUGGUGACAGAUGGAGAGCGUAUCCUGGGUCUGGGGGACUUGGGCAGCUAUGGAAUGGGCAUUCCUGUGGGCAAGCUGGCCCUCUACACAGCCUGUGGAGGAGUGCCACCCCAGCAGUGCCUCCCCGUGCUGCUGGAUGUGGGCACUGACAAUCAGGCACUCCUAGACGACCCUCUGUACAUUGGACUGAAGCACAAGAGGAUCAGAGGAAAGGAAUAUGACGAUCUCAUUGAGGAGUUUAUGCAAGCAGUGACUGACAAGUAUGGGAUGAGUUGCCUGAUCCAGUUUGAGGACUUUGCUAACAGCAACGCCUUCCGUAUCCUCAACAAAUACCGCAACCGUUUCUGCACCUUCAACGACGACAUCCAAGGCACAGCCUCAGUAGCAGUAGCUGGGGUCUUAGCUGCCCUGAAGAUCAUCAAGAACAAACUCUCAGACCACACCUUCGUGUUCCAGGGAGCGGGCGAGGCGGCUCUGGGUAUCGCCCACCUGCUCAUCAUGGCCAUGGCUAAAGAGGGCGUGUCCCCAGCCGACGCCGCCAAGAAGAUCUGGAUGGUCGACUCCAAGGGCCUCAUCGUCAAGGGCAGAGGGAACCUGAACCAUGAGAAGGAGGAGUUUGCCCACGACCAUCCUCACCUGAAGACCCUGGAGGAAGUGGUGCACACCAUCAAGCCCACCGCCAUCAUAGGAGUGGCGGCCAUUGGAGGCGCGUUCACAGAGAAGAUCAUCAAGGACAUGGCUUCUUUCAACGAGCGGCCGAUCAUCUUCGCCCUGAGCAACCCCACCAGCAAGGCCGAGUGCACCGCCGAGCAAUGUUACACCCUCACAGAGGGCAGGGGUAUCUUUGCGAGCGGCAGUCCCUUUAGCAAGGUGACGCUGGCGGACGGGCGGUCCUUCUACCCCGGCCAGGGCAACAACUCCUACGUUUUCCCUGGGGUGGCCCUGGGGGUCAUCGCCUGCGGCGUACGCCACAUCUCUGACGAAAUCUUCCUCACCACAGCAGAGGCGAUAGCCAACAUGGUGACAGAGGAGAACUUGGCAGAGGGCAGGCUGUACCCCCCUCUCAACACCAUAAGAGAGGUGUCCUUUAAGAUUGCUGUUAAGAUUGUGAACUACGCCUACAGACACAACAUUGCCUCCCUCUACCCCGAACCCAAAGACAAGGAGGCGUUUGUUUUGUCUCACGUGUACAGCCCUGACUACGACUCCUUUACCAUUGAUAAAUAUGAAUGGCCAGAGGACGCCAUGGCGCACCAGGAUGUCUGAUCUCCUAAUGAUGUCACUUCCUCCAGACAUGAAGAAACCACGCACAGAUUAUGCCCCUCUCUCGUGUAACCCACCAAUCAGAACUCAAGCCUUUCGCAGCUAUGUCAUAGUUUUACGUAUGUAAGUAAGAAAUAAGUCAUAUAAGCAAUUUUUUUUAUGACCCUUUAAUAAACCUCACAAUACUCCAUGAGGUUAAAACCUCUUGUGAGGGCUGAAGAUUAAAAAUACCAUACUCACCCACGCGCCACCAAGUGGAAGGGCAAGACAGAUACUCAGGUUUGAGAUGCACAAUGGCUAACCAGCUUAACAGCCAACGACACACUUCGUGACCACAUACUAGGAAUUAUAAAGUUGUAGUGCCAUGACAUUUUAGAAAGGAGUUUUCAGUAUGUUUUGUCCACUCCAUUUUCAUAUUAAUGAACAGUACAGUGUGAUAUAAUCUGUUGGCUGUUCGCUUCCUAAAACUUUCCCCCUGUUCUGUGACUCUUGAGUGAUGGAUUGUAGCUUGACUUGGUAUGUCUACAUCUUCCAGCUAAAGCACAUGUGGAAAGGUGAAGGGCUGCUAAAAUAAUCUUAAAUUCAACCAUUCUUCCUCUGAUAGAUCACCAACAUGAAUUGGUAACACUUCAGUAGAGACAGGUUUAUACUGAAGUCAUGUUAGAUCAGAGAUCAAUUAUAUCACUGUAAAGAGGAAGGAUGGUUAUGUUUUCACUCAAGUUGUCUAGAGUCUCAGUCACCUACCAGUGGCAUUUCACUGGUCCCGCCUUUAUGAUUCCUUUCAUGGGGUCCUAGAACAAGGAAACUCCCUCCAAACUAAUGAGAGGAAAGCGCUCCCUUAUCAUGACAUGACUGCACAAACCUCCAUAGUGCUUAAUUCCUGACCACAAAAUGCCAAAUGUUGUGGACUUCUGCCCUGGAAGAAGAUCAGCAUUAUAGUUUGCAAUGUGAUACACUCCAAUUUGCCACUCCAAAAGUUAUCCCACUCAUAUCAAAGUUAACACACAUAUCGCCCCAAAACCUCUAUAGCCUUUAUAUUCAUUUGUACAUAUUUUGGAUGUUGUCCAUAGAUCAAUGUUUAGAUGCUGCCAGUAUAGGAAGAGUUUCAAAUGAAAGGGCAGUUACAUACCCUCCGUUGGAAUUCAUACAACUUACGUUUAAGGUUCCCAAUGUUUGUGUACAGAGGAAGCCUGGCCAAGCCACAGUAGAGGAGCACAGGGAUGGUUCAACGUGCUGCUGUCUGUUGGAAAGUGUUUUUAUAUAUUUCGAUGGGGGAGGGUGUAGCUUCUUCUAUUUUAGUUUUGUAUAAAGCUUUGCCUGUCUCUGUUUAAAGUGGUCUUGACAAAGGAGAAUCUGUCCUUUUCUCUUCGCCCUGUGGGUUUGCUCUGCCUAGCAAUGAUGCACUACAAAGGAUGUAUUUUGGGGGUUUUAUUGGAAAUGAAAUGUUUUUGAAGGGAAUAUCUAUACAUGUUUCAAUAAAUAUUGUUAACUAAA